AUGACAGGUCCAGUGCAGGAUUCACACAGGCUGUCCGUGAAAACGUGGACAGAGGACGAGAGUGACCGAGCUGACAGCACACUAAGCAGAGCACAGUCGAUGUGUGAUGACACUUCCUCAGAGCUUCAGAGGAUGGCGGCCAUCGACAGAAGGGAUAUUAAUUCCCAGAAUUCCUUGCAUGGGCGAGGUGCUCUGUCCAGGAUAGUUAGUAUGGUGAUGACUCUGAGAGAAUGGGCACAGAAGAGUUUGGCUGAGGAGACGGAGAGACCCGAUUCCUUCUUGGAACGUUUCAGAGGCCCCGCCAACACGGACAUGCAAGCUCCGCCGAGCAGGUUCAGCCACAGCCACUCCGAUACAGAGCAUGAAGCCAGACGCUCCAGACGCACGAAGUGUAAUGUCGAGGUCUUAUCGCCAUCUGAUGAUGUAUACUACUACUGGCUGAUUGUGAUCGGUGCCGCUGUAUUUUAUAACUGGACCCUGCUAGUUGUCAGGGCCUGUUUUGAUGAGCUCCAGAUGAGGAAUGUGUUGGUGUGGCUGGUUCUGGACUACAUUUGUGAUGGAGUAUAUAUCCUGGAUAUAGCUGUUCGUCUACACACAGGUUUCUUGGAUCAGGGCUUGAUGGUGAAAGACGUGCGGCGUCUGAGGGAAACCUACGUUCGAACUCCCCAGUGUAAAACUGACAUCUGCUCCAUCCUCCCAACCGACCUCCUCUACCUGACCGUCGGAAUCAGCUACACUCCUCUCCUUCGAUUUAACCGUCUGCUCCGUCUGCCACGACUCUUUGAGUUGUUCGAACGCACGGAGACGCGGACGGGCUACCCCAACGCUUUCCGCAUCUGUAAACUGGUUCUGUACAUCCUGGUGAUCAUCCACUGGAACGCCUGUGUAUACUACAGCUUCUCCAAGGUCCUCGGACUGGGCUCUGAUUCCUGGGUUUAUCCCAAUGCAUCAGAUCCUGAGUUUGGCUCCCUCACCAGAAGUUACAUAUACUGUUUGUACUGGUCCACUCUGACGCUGACCACCAUUGGAGAGACGCCUCCUCCUGUUAGAGAUGAAGAAUAUUUGUUCCUGAUAUUUGACUUUCUGGUUGGUGUUCUGAUUUUUGCCUCCAUCGUGGGCAAUGUUGGCUCCAUGAUCUCCAAUAUGAAUGCCACAAGAGCAGGCUUUCAGAGUCGCGUAGACACACUGAAACACUACAUGCAAUUCAGGCACGUGAGCAAGGUGCUGGAGCAGCGCGUCAUCCGCUGGUUUGACUACCUCUGGACCAAUCAGAAGACAAUAGAUGAGCAGGAAGUGCUGAGGAGCCUGCCCAAUAAACUGAGAGCAGAGAUUGCUAUUAAUGUUCACCUGGACACACUGAAGAAGGUGCGUAUCUUCCAGGACUGCGAGGCUGGCCUCCUUGUAGAACUGGUAUUAAAACUUCGGCCGCAGGUUUUCAGUCCUGGAGACUACAUCUGUAGAAAGGGAGAUGUGGGUAAGGAGAUGUACAUAAUAAAAGAUGGCCAGCUGGCAGUGGUGGGGGAGGAUGGAGCCACCCAAUUUGCCGUUCUGACAUCGGGAAGCUGUUUCGGGGAAAUCAGCAUCCUGAACAUCAGCGGCAGCAAGAUGGGGAACCGACGCACGGCCAACAUUCGCAGUCUGGGAUACUCAGACCUGUUCUGUCUUUCUAAACAAGACCUGAUGGAGGCGCUUCAGGAGUUCCCCCACGCCAGGGCCCAGCUGGAACAGAGGGGGCGGGACAUCCUGCGGAAGGAGGGGCUUCUAGAGGAAGUAAAUGUGUCUGCAGGGGAGGAGCUCGAGGAGAAGGUGGAGAGGCUGGAAACCAGUCUGGAUCGGCUACAGACGUGUUUGGCUCGUCUGCAGAGUGAGUUCAACUCUUCCCAGCUUCGACUGAAACAGCGAAUCACAACCCUCGAACACAACGUCACCACGGUGGCCACAGGCAGCGGCUUCCUGUCGGACGCCGACGGCAUCGACAGUGUUUCUGGUGGUGACGGUGUGUGCAGUGAAAUCAACAUCAGGCUCUAA